GUUGGAAGAGCCGGUGAUUAGGCGUUGAGAAUUUUGAUUGAAAUUGCUUCGCUUGGAUACCAGCCUUGUUUAUCAAUUUCCGAGCCGAUUUUGUGUAUUGAACCUUGAAGAUGGCAGUCCAGAUGCAACAACCCGGUCAGGGCACCCAGUGGAUGCAGCCGCCACAAGCUCCAGCCAACUGUCCACCCGGCCUCGAGUAUCUCGCACAGAUCGAUCAACUCCUCGUCCACCAGCAGGUAGAGUUACUGGAAGCUUUCACCGGCUUUGAGACCAACAACAAAUAUGAAAUUAAGAAUUCGAUGGGACAGCGGGUCUAUUUCGCAGCUGAAGACACUGAAUGUUGUACAAGGAACUGCUGUGGCCCUGGACGACCGUUUGACAUGAAAAUUAUGGACAACUCGGGCCGGGAAGUCGUCCAUCUCAAGCGUCCACUCCGCUGCAGCACAUGCUGGUGUCCGUGUUGUCUCCAGAAAGUUGAAGUUAGCGCCCCGCCUGGUAAUGUCAUCGGCUAUGUGAAGCAAGCGUGGAGUGUAUGCGUGCCGAAAUUUAAGAUCCAGAAUGCCCAAGAGGAGACCGUGUUAACAAUAGAAGGGCCUUGCUUUACGUGUAGUAUCUGUGGAGAUGUCGAAUUUCAGGUCAUGUCUGCUGAUGGUGGCACGAACGUGGGCAAAAUCUCUAAACAAUGGACGGGCCUAGCGAAAGAGUUGUUUACGGACGCUGACAACUUCGGUAUGACCUUCCCUAUGGAUCUGGAUGUCAAUAUCAAGGCCGUACUUCUCGGAGCCGUGUUCCUUAUUGACUUCAUGUUCUUUGAGAAGAAAGCCGAAGAUGACGAUAAGGAUAAGAACGACCACCAUUAGGUGGCGCCACCGGUCUGCUAGGAUUUCAUGUUCUUCGAGAAGGAAGACAACAAAGAGGAAGCUAGUGUCACCAUGAUGUAACGUAUAGGAAGAUGUAACGUAUGGGAGGAUGUAACAUAUGGGGGAGAUGUAACGAUCAGGGAGAUGUAACGAUUAUUCGAUGUCCAAAUGCUGCAUAAAAUCAAUUCUUCUUAUACCACAAUACGGGAAUAUACCAGCAGGAUUAUUGAAUGACUCAUUGUCUGACUUUGGCAGUUAAUUAGAAGCAGUAGACAUCUGGCCUAUCAUCCCUUUCAUCAUUUUCAGUGCCUGCUUUAAGGAUAGUAUUGCAUAGUUAUAUCUGGUUAUCCCGAGGUUCUGUAUUAUAAAAAUAGAUGCUGCUUGAUCACGUUGAUUGUGAGUUCUGUUUGGUGCGUGGCGAUCAACUGUUUUGGGUUUAUAAAUAGACUGAUCAGGAGAUAGUGUUGAUCAGGUAUAGGCCAGAUGCGUACUACCUCUUAUUAACUGCUGCUUACAUGUAGAGGUCUGGCGACGCUAUGUCACCCGAGUGUAUUUGCAGUAUUGUGUGUUGUGAUGCACAGUAUGGGCUUCUACAUCACGCUGUACAUUGGCAUGCACUGCAUCUUGACAUCAUAAACCACUUAAUGCAUCCUUGUAGAGAACUUGAUGUCAUCAAGAACUCGUAACGAGUUUUUUGUGUCGUGCAGAGAUGAUCUUGCAAGAUUGAAUAAAGACUAGGGUUUACCUUAUUUUGAUAAUACCAAGUAUGGAUUAAAUCUAAUCUUGAUGAUACUGACACCUGAAUAAAUCAUGUUUAACCCUGCCUGUGUAGGCAGGGAUGCACAGGUAUCUUUGUACCGAUAGCUUUGGAUAAAAUAGCCUAGGCGAGGGAAUUUCAACAUAUCUUUUGAAUGCUGCUUUGAAAAUGAUUAUGCAUUAGUCAAACCGAAGAAAUGUGCAAUGGCCAGUUUAUGGACUUUUUCAGAAGCAUAUGUCAACAUCCUUUUGUUUUGCUGGGCUGAUUUCUUCAAAGUUUGGUUCUAGUUCUACGAAAUUUCCAGCGGCACAAAACGAUUGUGAUGGUUACUUAUGAGACGCCUACUGAUAUAACGCCAGUAGCUUUUUUCCCCACUGAAACGUAGUCCGACACUGGUGAUUUGUUUUUCGUUUGGUUCUUGCAUUCUGAGGUUUUUGGAAUCCUCUCCGGUGAUGCCAAAACAAUAGCGGUACCAAUGAAGGGAGAGUAUGUACACGUCUAAAUUUUUCCGCGAUUGGGAAUGGUUUUGAAAGUGUGCACACUCUGACUUCAUACUUGGCAUUCUCUGUGAUUUUUUUAGGACUCCAUAAUAAGAUUUAAUGUUGCAUGUUUGUAGUGUGUGUAUUUAGCAUAAGAGCACGACUGUAGGUUUUUGGAAAGGGAUUAUUUUACACUAUAGUCCAUUUCACAAGAAAAAAACGCUAGCACGGUAGUUGAACAAAAUAUUAUAUUUCACCAGUAAGUAUCUCACUCUUAUCUGAAAAGCGGCCAAGAAAUGACCAAAAGCGAGCCAUUUGAACAUGCUGAAGUGAAAUACCGACAGCUUUUCCAAGUAAUUUUAGGCUUUAGUGCCAUUUUCCGGUGAAAUGGACUUACUGGUGAUGGCCAUUUUCUGGUGAAAUGUACGCAAGGGGACAGAGAACAUAGAAGGUACUUUUUGAAAUUAUUGCCUGUGAUGAAUUUUCACGGCAGAAUUACUCUUUCGAGGAUUAGCAAUCCCCCAGUUCUAGUCCAACCAACAAUUUGUGACUCGCUCUACCAAAACUAGGCGCUUGUCGCAUCUGAACUUGACCGGUUGAUACGGACUUGUUGUUCAUUUCCCUAUUGUAGACCUUUUGUGAAAUCUAUUACAAACUGAUUUGGUCACAUUUCACAAAAGGUCUACAAUAGGGAAAUGAACAACAAGUCCGUAUCAACCUGUCAAGUUCAGAUGCGACCAGCGCCUAGUUUUGGUAGAGCGGGUCACAUUUGUGGUGCAUGAACCUAAAAACACGAAUUGGUUGAUGUAGCUCUGAGAAUUGUUAUAAAGUCGAGCUGUCGUUGGAUUCGUAGCUUGGGGUUGUUAGCUUAGUGUCUCUUGGCAACACUGUCAAGUCUUGUUUUGCUAUAACGGUAGAAACUCUUUUAAGGAGACCUUGUGCAAGUAUCAAUUCGUUUCUUGUACCCCCCCCCCUCCUCAAGGGUAGUUAAGCUAUCACCACUAAUCUUUGCCGAUGCUUGAGUAGUAUUUAUUUUUCCUUUAGUGAAAAUUUGGCGAAGCUGGAAAGAAUAAGGAUGCUAAUGUGUCGAUGUCUUGUCGAACAUACAGCCUUACCAAGUAAAAUUAGUUCGGUUACUGUAUAUGACGGUGAUAACUGAUAUAUUGUUGAUGGUGAUGUCUUGACGAAAGAAAAAGCAUUGGUGAAAAAAGGGUGAUGCUUGAGCCUUAAGAUGUCGUUAUAGGGUGAUAAGGUGUCGUACCCUUGAGGAGGGGGGGGGGUACAAGACACGAAUUGAUACUUGUAUUGGUACACACAAGUGCUGUCCUUGGCAGGGUGGUGUCCUGAAUACAGAUAUCAAAUUGUGUAAAAACAACCCAUCACUGUCCCUGAUGCAGAGGAUGUCCGUUUAGGUAGGUUUCACUCUACAGUUGAACGUCCCUCAGCGGACACCUCUCUAUUAAGGACAACCUCUCUAUUAAGGACACCAAUUUUGGUCCCAACUUGGUUAUUUCCCUUGAAUUUGACCUCUCAUAUCAGGACACCUUUCAUAAAGGACAUCUCUUGUCAGCGCUGAGGGUGUCCGUAAUACAGAGGUUCUACUGUAUAUUUUGUUAAUUUUUUCUUCUUGUUAGAGAUAAUGAUGUCUCUCUGUCAUAUGUUAUUUCUGACCUUUGUACUUACAUCAAUUUUUGUAUAAGACUGUUUUUUGAAUUUUUUAAUCGUUAAAAGGACCCGAAGGAUCUGUUGAAACCACGAGUGUAUGAUGAUUAUUGUCCACCCAACACUAAUCAGUUUGUCGAGGUCAGUGUGAGUGGGUGGGGCCGGUGUUUUCAACCAGGGAUACCAACCACCAACGAAGGCAAAAGUCGGACAUUUUUUUACUUGAAAAAGUGUUGUCAGCGCUCACAUGAACAAAAACGCGUCUAAAAUGCUUAUUUUUGGUCCGAUUUUGAAAAUUCAAAGAUCCACAGAGAGUGGAGACGAGUUAUUUCUGCUUCAGCUGUCAAAUUUAGCAUUUUGUGAGAGGAAAAAGUCUGAACUCUGCCUAAAAUUGGAAAAUUUACAUCGCUGAUUCAACCUAGUUCUAUCAAUGAUGAUCAUUGUGAUGCAUUUGAAAUGGAAGACUCGGACAAAAACACACUGACUUUGUGAAAACAAGUCCAUGACAAGCUGAAGAAAAAUGAAGCAGACAGACGUGUCAGCAGUUGGUUUUCUCCUUGGCCCAGCCAUCUCGAAUCGCAACGCUCCUUUUGCAGUGCAGUGAAUAGCUGAUUUGAGAAUUCAAACUUAAAUUGAUUAUUGACACCGGUAACUAAAUGUGACCAAUUCAGUGGGUCAACCUUUUUGGGAUCUGAUGAAUGAAGAACAAACAGUAUUUCCUAAUGUAUAUGUAUCCGUAUUUAAAACUCAAUUCUAUAUUCUUUCUUAUCUUAAAAACAUUUAUUUUUGUAUAUUUUGUCUCCUGCAUAUUUGAUGAUAUAAUUUUAAUUAUUAGAUUAUGGUUGUUCCCGCUGCCAUAAUUGGUAUUGGCUGCCAUUGUAACCAUAGCAACGCGCAAGCAAUUCCCUCUGGUCUCGUUUACCACUAUCAAAUUAAAGGCCUACGCCGUACGUUGAAUAUUUGAAAUUUGUAAUUGAAAUUGAAAAUGUCAAAAUGUCAAAAUGUGUAGAUACGCACUGGAUAUGAAUCUUGGCAACAGAUAUACAUGUACAAAUAAGUAUGUGUACAAAUAACUACAUGUACAUUGUACCAAGUUUCAGGAAAUUUGUAUGAAAACUGCAUUACAGCAUUGUGUAUAACUGCAUUUCUAUUUUCCUGCACCACCAGUAUAAAUUACGAACGGCGUUCUCCUUUAAGCGUCCUAAAGUUGUCACUGAAUGAUUGUACGAGGGGCUGUUCAUAUAGAGAUUUCAAAUCAUGUGUGUGAGGAGUGAUGUACAGCCAAUUGUGUUUUUUGUUCGAACAAUAUUAGCCCCCUUGCCAGUAUGGGCAUGUACCCAAAAUGAGCCUGCCCCCAGCCUAAAAACAGGCUGUAAAAUGGCAGCCAACACUGAUUGCCUCAUUUCUGCGGCUGCAUUGAGAACUAACAUGUUAAAAUGGAAUAGGCCUAUAUAAAUGCCUACAUUAGCAGUAAAUUAGUAGCAGUAUUUGCUUGGAAUAUACCUGCAGAUGUGCCUUUAGUAGCACUGUCUACCUGAUCAGACGUUUUAUAAACCCCACUUACUUGAUUGCAGUGCAGUGUCUGAUCUUAUAUUGAACUUGGUAAGAACCGGGUAAAUCUAUGUAAUACUGUCCUUUAGCUCAUUGCUCAUAAGGACGUAUGGGGUGAUAGGCCUGAUGUAUACUGCCGCUAAUUAACUGUUACUUACAUGUACAGUGUUUGUAGUACAUUGUAUUUUCAGUAAGAGCUUUUCAAUGUGAAUGUGAGCAAUAAGAAUUGCCUGUAGCACAAAAUCACUUGUGUACUGCAAGUCAGAGCACAAUCUUAUCCUGGCCUGAGUGUGUGACAUCUCUAGCCAGGCAAAAAAUGGAUAAUUGAGCAAUGUGUCAAUAAGUGUGUCAUAGACCAACAGUCAUAAUAGUGUAUUUGAGGUGUGUGCAAGCUCUUCAGAGCCAAAGAAUGCCCAUAGGCCUAUAUUGCCAAAAUGUUGGGUACUUCGCCAAAAUUUACUCGCUUAAAAAUAAGAGGAAAACCGCUCAUAAACUCUUGGGUAGUACACAAAAUAUUGUAUGGCAUCCCUGACAGCCAAAAGGUUCUCUAAACUCUCCUUUCAGAAUCCCUAAAUGUGGACUUUACCUGUUGUAACUGACAGAUGUUCUGAUGUGUGCAUGUGCACAUGGCUAGCUACAUUGUAUUGAAUUAAUUUUGUACGUAGCAUAAUGUUAUGAUGUGAACCUUCUCUGGAUGCAGUGUCUUCAUUAAAUAAUUUACACUGAAUUUAUGAGCUUUGC